GUAACCCCGGUGCUGGGUACAGUCACCUGUAUGUCAAAGAGUGGUGCAGGGCACUGUACUUUGGAUCAUACAACCUCAGUUGCAUGCUCGGAGAAGGCCAGAUCGAGAAUCUAAAAGACACGAAAUACCUCACGGUGACAAGGUUCCAGCAGUAACAGACUCGGACAUCGGCAAGCACCUCGGCAGACCUGCCUUUCUCCUUGACUCCUAAGACAACAAUGAACAUCAGUCAAGUUGCGGCCUGGUCACAGGGUGACACAAAUGGACGGCUGAAGCCUAUGGUUACAACAGCCUCGCAGAACUCCCGGCUAAGCGCGGCCAAGUCAUCCACAAAGUCUGCAUUUCUCGCUAUUUUGCGAGCAUCUUGUUCCCGGUCACUGGCCCGGGGGCUUUCGAGGCGCUGUACCCACCACCGCAUGUACGCCUCUUUCUUUGAGACCCGGAUUGUGCAACAGUACGCAGAACCCGACAACCAGGUUUCGAGGAUAACGGCUUUCGUGUCAGGUGCCAAUGCAUGCUCUGUACACAACACACCUACCAGCAUGGGCCAUGAGCCAGGUUGGCUUAGUGUUGCUAUUGGCUUUGAUCCAGGUGAAGAGGUAAUGUCUCUCACAGAGCGCCCACGAUUUGAAAGAGCAUCUCUGUUUGUAUCGAAUACCUCCUCGCCCUGCGUUGACCUGCAGAUCUUGAAACGUCAUGGAAGCACGACUAAUUACGGCGACGGGCUAUCCACAGCCAUUCAACUCACAACCUGCUGUACCUGUCGGCCUUGCAUUGGUCGUAUAACAUCGCUACUUGGGGUAAACGCUCACACGGCAGAUUGCAUGUCUGCGAGGUACGGUCAGGUGUGCCACGGCCUUCUGGCCUCGUUGCGAACCUUAGCUAUGGGGUAUAUCAAAGCGCUCAAUGUCACUGCUGUCCGAUCUAAGCCACCUAUGGACUUGCAGGACCUGAACAGCCUUUGUGUCGCCUGAGGACAACACGUUGCUAGAACAGACUCAGGCCGAAACACAUGGAUUGA